AUUAGAUUUCGGACUCGUCCUAAACGGGUGUCUACAACCUCUCUCCCCACCCUCUUUUCUCCCCAUAUACAUACAGAGAGACAGGAAAAAAAGAAGAAGAAUGCGCGCGUGAGAAAGAGAAAACAUCACCACCAACAAACAAAAUGAUGUGGGAAGCUGGAGGAGGAUCAACAGCUUCUUCCUCCGCAGCCGGUAGCGGUGAUGGAAUUGGUGGUGCCGGAGUUGGUUUACCGGAAAGUGGUAGUAAUUGUGGGAGGAGGAAGCCUUCUUGGAGAGAGAGAGAAAAUAACAGGAGAAGAGAGAGAAGAAGAAGAGCAAUGGCUGCCAAGAUUUAUACAGGCUUAAGAGCUCAAGGGAAUUAUAAUCUUCCUAAAAACUGUGAUAAUAAUGAAGUUCUUAAAGCCCUUUGUGCUGAAGCUGGUUGGAUUGUUGAACCUGAUGGUACCACUUAUCCCAAGGGGUGCAGGCCAACCCCAAUGGAGAUCGGAGGCACUUCAGCAAACAUCACGCCAAGUGCUUCACGGAAUCCAAGUCCGCCAUCAUCACACUUUGCUAGCCCAAUUCCAUCUUAUCAGCCGAGUCCAACCUCCUCUUCUUUCCCCAGUCCAUCGCGUGCUAAUGCUAACAUAUCAUCAUACCCAUUCGCAUUUCUUCAUAAUGUCAUUCCUUCAUCACUUCCUCCAUUACGAAUAUCAAACAGUGCCCCUGUAACGCCACCUCUUUCAUCACCAACUAGGCAUCCUAAGCAAACAUUCAAUUUGGAGACUUUGGCCAAAGAAUCAAUGUCUGCUUUAAAUUUCCCUUUCUUUGCUGCUUCAGCCCCAGCAAGCCCAACUCGGGGUCAGCGUUUUACUCCUCCCACUAUACCUGAGUGUGACGAAUCUGACACAUCCACCAUUGACUCAGGCCAGUGGAUCAACUUCCAAACGUAUGCUACCAAUGUUCCAGCUUCUCCAACUUUUAAUCUUGUAAAACCUGUGGCGCAGCCACUCUGUUCUAAUGAUAUCAUCACGGAGAAGGGUAAGAGCAUAGAAUUUGAUUUCGAAAAUGUGUCGGUCAAGGCAUGGGAAGGGGAAAGGAUUCACGAUGUAGGAUUCGAUGAUCUGGAACUCACGCUUGGAAGUGGCAGUGCUCGCGUAUGAUUACUUUGAUUGAGAUUUUAUGAGUUAGCUAGGUGACAAGGGACUUUGCAUUUCAGUGGAUGUCCGGGUUUCGUCUGGAGAUACUGCACAAAUGUAGAUCUUGGCCCCGCUUGCUUCUUAGGAUGGAUUGAAAUUUAUCUGUUUCAUUUUACCUUAUGUAUAAGAAAGGGAGCCUUGGUGUAACCGGCAAAGUUGUUGUCAUUUUACCUUAUGUAUAACAUUCUUUUCCCCCUUUUUUUCUUCCUUUUAUCUGAAGAGGCCCCUUCAAAUUUUACAUAGGUCUUUUCACAAGCAUUACAUGUAGAUAGAUAUCUGCUCGUUUCUGUAAUCGAGAAUCAUUUUCUUCAUUGCAGACUAGAUGGAGCUUCUCCAAAAUUAUGAACUAUCAACAUUUUUUCCUCUGUAGAACUCACUUCUUCUUAUGGAUCCAGUUUCAAUUGAAAUCAACAAUGUAUUUCUGUAGUC